UUUUCGUUUGCAAUUCAGGUCCGUGAAAUCAGCAUAGCUCUCGUUUCGGAACAGUGACGGAGUCGGAGUUCGGGCAUCAUGACUGACAAGGACGCGCUGAAGAUGCAGAUCGAGAAUCUCAAGCAGCAAGUCGGCAUCGAGCGCGUGCCGCUCAGCAAAUCCAUCGCUGCUCAUAAAUUCAUAACGCAUCAAAUCCUUCCUUAUAUGCGUGUGUUUCGAAAAAAUAAAACGUCCCAUGCCACGAACUACUCGACGGAAUGA